UUAAUGGCCCAACAAAAACAAGUACAAAAAUUUCAGUUAAUGUUGUUAUUAUUAUUAUUGAUUUUCCCCAGUCGAUCCGAAAUUGAGCGUAAAACCCAGCGAAUCAGCUGUUUGGCGGCAACGCGAGCAAAACAAAACAAUUAUAUAUCCGCUGCAGCCGCAAAAACAACAGAAAAAUCAAAAAAAAAGAAAAGAAAAGAAAAACAACUGCGCCGCGAUAAAAUUGUUUGCCAAUAAGAAUCGGGCUUAGUGCGAAUUGGCAUCCGAAAGAUACAGGAACGUGUGGUGGCUGCAGCUGCACCAGGAAGACGAUGGUUUUCUUCAAGUUCUUGAAGAGCAAACUGUAACGUAUAUAAAAAGGAACAGCAUAUCAACGUAAACAUACGCGAGUAUCCAAAACAAAACAAAACAUACAAAAAAGUUACGAAAAAGAUACAAAAAAAGAUACAGCCGAAGGGAAUAACAAUGCGCGAAAUUCAGGCCUCCCAAUUUAUGACGAAGACAAAUCGCUUGGUGGUUUUGCGGCAUGGCGAGAGCGAUUUCAACAUAGAGAAUAAGUUCUGCGGGUGGCAUGAUGCGCCCUUAAGCGAAUUUGGCAUCCAGGAGGCUCUAACGGUGGCGAUUCCUGCUCUGGCCCAGUCUCAGCUGGAAUUCGACGUGGUCUAUUCGUCCGUAUUAAGCAGAUCCCGGCAAACGGCCGAAUUGAUCCUCUGCAAGUUGAACUGUGCCUAUGUGCCCAUCAAGAAGGAUUGGCGGCUAUGCGAACGGCAUUACGGGGAUCUGACGGGCUACCGGAAACGGAAGGUGGCCGAUCGCUUCGGGGAGGAGCAGGUUCAGGCCUGGCGACGAGGAUACGACUGUGUUCCCCCGCCCAUCGAGGAGAGCAAUCGGUACUACUACACCAUCUGCAGCAAUCCCAUUUUCGAUGAUGUUCCCCCCGGCGAGUUCCCUCUGUCUGAAUCCCUGCACAUGUGCGUCGACCGGGUGAAACCCGUCUGGAAGGAGGUCAAACGGGAGGUGCUCAAGGGCUCCCGGGUCCUGAUGUGCGUCCACGGCACUGUGGCACGUGCCCUCGUUCAGCAUAUCGAGGGAAUCUCCAACGAGGCCAUCGAAAAGGUCAACAUUCCGAACUGCGUGCCACGCGUCUACGAGUUCGACUUAAAUUCGGGAGGCUUGGUGGGCGGCGCCAUUAACCUGGGAGAUCAGGAGUAUAUCAGGCGGAAAACAGCCCAGGUGGCUGCCAUUGGUGACUGAUUGAGGAAGAUCCCUCGACUUUUGUGGGAUUUACAUUCCUGAGCCGUCUUCUUGAGGUCCAAGGAGGUCGGCUGUUUAGGAUAUUAUAACAUUUAUUUAUUUGUCUACCCCGUCUGAUAUUUUCGGCCAAAAAUAUACUAUUUAUACAAAACAUAA